AUGAAGAAUAUCAUGGUUCAGUGUUUACUCUGUGGAUCCAUGGCCAUCGGGCUCUGGACUCUGUUACUUGCAUAUUUCCACUACAAUCAAGAGAAUAGACAGCUGAAGAAAACCCAGGAACUCACAAGGACUAGGCCACUUGGAGAAAAUGUGUACCGACAAAACCAUGACUCAGAAGAAACUCCCAAACAAAACAUUAUCAAUGAUAAGACUUAUUUUUCAGACCCAGAAUUUUACAAAGGAUUUGCACAAUAUGGACUUAAUGUUGUUAUCAGUAGAAGACUGGGCAUCCAGAGAGAGGUGCCAGAUUCCAGGGAUAAAAUAUGCCAUCAGAAACACUAUCCGUUCAAUCUACCCACUGCCAGCAUCAUCAUAUGCUUUCAUAAUGAAGAAUUUAACACCUUGCUGCGGACAGUGUCUAGUGUUAUAAACCUCACUCCAUCUCAUUUCCUUGAAGAAAUCAUUUUGGUUGAUGACAUGAGUGAUACUGAUGAUUUGAAAGAAAAAUUGGACUAUCAUCUGGAACUUUUUCGAGGAAAGAUUAAAUUAAUAAGAAACAAAAAGAGAGAGGGUCUCAUUAGAUCAAGGAUGAUCGGUGCCUCCCGUGCUUCAGGGGACAUCUUGGUGUUCUUGGAUAGCCACUGUGAGGUGAAUAGAGUCUGGCUGGAGCCCUUGCUGCAUGCCAUUGCUAAGGACCACAAAAUGGUCGUGUGCCCUAUGAUCGAUGUCAUUGACGACACAACACUGGACUAUACUGCGGCACCUCUCGUAAGAGGAGCUUUUGACUGGGACCUGAUGUUUAGAUGGGACAAUGUUUUCUCAUAUGAGAUGGAUGGCCCAGAAGGAACAAGUAAACCCAUCCGGUCACCUGCAAUGGCAGGAGGAAUUUUUGCUAUAGACAGACAUUAUUUUACAGAACUCGGACAAUAUGACAAGGACAUGGAUCUUUGGGGAGGAGAAAAUGUGGAACUUUCACUAAGAAUUUGGAUGUGUGGAGGCCAACUCUUUAUACUUCCUUGCUCUCGGGUUGGACAUAUCGCUAAAAUACAGAAUUUCAAUAAUGCUGCACUCAAAGCCUUGUCAUGGAACUUACUUCGAGUGGCUCACGUCUGGUUGGAUGAACACAAGGAUAAUUUUUUUCUUCGAAGACCUUAUUUGAAAUAUGAACCCUAUGGAAACAUUAGCGAGCGCGUUGCAUUAAGGAAGCGACUGGGUUGCAAGUCAUUUCAGUGGUAUUUGGAUAAUAUCUUUCCAGAGUUGGAGCCAUUCAUACACACUGAUGAGAAGGAAUGGAAUCAUUUUCAUUAA